AUGUCAACGAGUGCCCAUCUGGCCGCGGGCGAGGCGCCAUCGUCCAAGAAGCCAAAGAGGCACGUCCUGCUUCAAAAGCCUUUGUACGCUCUCUCUCUUCCUGCACCGCUGCUCCAUCGGCUUCAGCUCAGAGCAGUGGACACACAGCUCCUCCACGAGUCCGACGAAGGCUCAUCCUCGGACAGCGAAGGUAGUAGCGAUGAUCAUUCGGAAGACGAAGCGAACGACACUUCCAGGCACACAAGGGUGCAAGGCGUGGCUGCCAGAGAUCCCUUCUGGUGGUUCGUCACGCCUGGGAGUAGCUCUAAAAGGGAGACGGCAGGUACGGAGGAUACUCGAAAUCCGGAGCUGGUUCAAACGCAGCUCGGCGUCUAUCGAGCCUUGGUGCCCAUUGCCGCACCAGACAGUGCUCGGUAUGCUCUUCAGAGCUUUCAAGCAGAGCCCAUCACGGCUCCUCAGAUCGCAGCACUGCAACUGGCCCGUGGGCCAUUGCGCAAGCUCAAGGGAGGUCCGGGAGCCGACGAAGCCGCCCACAUGCUGGGAGCUACCUUCCUGGACGGGCGUACAGUUCUAGGACAGCUUGAUGGAGACGAAGAGUACGACAGCGACAUUUCCGAGACAUCCUCAUCUGCAGACCAUCAAGGAACAGAGGGAGCAUUGGAUGGUGUCGAUGACCCUCAGCGUGCCCAAAGUGUCGCUGCGCAGACGCCGGUUCCAACGCUGCGAACUUGGACCAUCAUUCUACUCGGGGGUGGACAUUUCAGCGCUGUCAUAGUGGCUCUAGCCCCAGCUCCGACCGCACCGGCAAAGCGGACCGGUCUCGUCGAGCAGCGAUUCAUCGUUCUCGCUCAUAAAGCUUUCCAUAGGUAUACCACACGGAAGAAGCAGGGUGGCGGUCAAGCAGCUCAGGAUGCAACAGGGCGCUUUGCGAAGUCAGCCGGUGCCCAACUGCGUCGUUACGGCGAAAUUGCGCUGGCAGAGGAGGUGAGAGAACUGCUCGGAUCUCCUGCCUGGCGGUCAGGCAUCGAGAAGAGCGAGCGUGUUUGGGUCAGAGCCGGGAAACGCAAUGCGCGAGGGCUUCUGUGGAGCUGGGCGUCGGGCAAAUCUCCAUUGGAGACUCAUCGCUCUCAAGACACGCUUGCUUCUUUGCCAUUUCCUACACGGCGUCCGACGAUAGGCGAAGCGCUCAGAUGCUUCGCCGAGCUCAUUCGAGUCCGAGUCAGGCACGACAGCGAAGAGGACUUGGCGGCGAAAGACGCCGCGUACCUCGCACAGGUACAGAGCGGAGCCAGAGCCCGCGAAGAGCGAAAAGCGAAGGAAAAGGCCCGCGCUCAGCGAGACAAAGCACGGGAGGAGAGAGCAGAAAGGGCGAGAGCCGAACGCUCGGGUCCCGAACUCGAGCCGAAGGAAGCGCUCAGGCGUGACCGCUUCGAGAGGCUGGUAGAGAUGGCAAGAAAGGGUCGGCUCUCUGCCGUCAAGUCUCAUCUCUACAAGUACGAAGGCGACAUUUUGCGUCCUGGCGGGUGGGACACGGACGCUCCACCGGAUCCUGAUGAUGCGGACGAAGCUGCGGACUUGCUCAGAACCCGCGUCGAUGCUCCUUUCCCCUCGUGGUGGCGAUUUAGUGACGCGAACGAGAAGGGGCUCGUGCGUUACGACUCGACAACGGGAGAGCUGGAAGUGUUGAGCAAUCCGACACCCACUGCUCGCCAGCUCGUUCCAUCCACGCUCUUGCAUGUCGCCGCCGAAGGAGGCAGCGAGGAAUUGUUGAAGUACUUGCUGAUGGAACGCCGCGCGGACCCGACUAUUGCAGUUCAGCCAGUUCCAAUUCUCGAUGCCCAGGGGAAGCCCACGGGCAAGCAGUCCGACGACUUGCCUCACCGAACAGCUGUCGAUCUUUGCACCAAUAGAGAUGCGCGAGAUGUUUUCCGGAGCCUGAUGGCAACGCAUCCUGACUGGUACGAUUGGGGGUCGAUGGAGAAGGGAGGAGCGAGGGUGCCAUCUGCUUUGACGGAAGAGACAAAGGCGAAGCAAAACGAUCGCCGCGCAUUGCUCCGAGAAAAAGCGAAGACUCGAGAAGCGCAAGCAACCGAAGAAGCGGCUGCCGCCCACCAGAUACCAGUGUCUGCGCCCGCCGAGGUGAGGGAAAAGGAGAGCCACAAGAGUCGAAACCGACUAGGAGGAGCUCCACCUGCCGCUCUGCAAGCAAAAUUGGAUGAUACCGCCGGGUUGACGCCGGAGGUGCGAGCUAAGAUAGAGAGAGAAAAACGAGCUAGGGCCGCGGAGGCACGGUUCGCCAAGCUUCAGCUUGGAAGCAGCGGCCAACAGUGA